GCGCACCGGGGCUACACAGCAUUUCGGCACGGGCCUCCGUAGCGUCAGCAUCGCAGCUGGCUGCGUCAGCAAGCUCCGCUCGAGUUCGCGCGAGAGAGUAAGACCGCGUCUCCGACCUCCACGCCAACUCUCCUAGGUUGCCGAUUUCGCUUUUAGGAAUCGGUGGCGCAGUACCGUAGCGAGUGACGGAGGAAGGCAAGUGUUUAGCUGGCACCGCUCAAUGACUGAUACGGCGGUGCAGUGUUGACAGACUCCACAAAGGGACACAACCGAAAGAAGAGUGAGCUAUUUAUGGCCACAGCGUCGAUCAGCGUGAUGACCCUGGGCCCGCAGCAGAAGGCCGUGGCGAGCCUCGUCCAGCCGGCCUCGGCGGCGGCCACCGGUGCCAGUUGCGUCAUCGUGACGACGUCUCCGUCAGCCGCGGCGGCGCUCGGCGUGGCGCAGCAGCAGCAGCCGCAGGUGCUGUCGCCGCUGCUGCCCAAGCACGCGCUGCUCGUCCAGCAGAAGAGGCCCAUCGCGGCCGCCACCUCCGAAGUCAGGGCUGCAGCAGCCGCGGCGGCGGCACAACAGGCGGAUUUGCUACGCUGCAAGAGGCGCAUCAACUUCGCCUCCGGGAACGGUACCCAGCCGCACGCCGGCGGCGGAUACCACGCCCACCACCACCACCACCAGCCGGCGUCCGUCGCGCGGAGGAACGCCCGCGAGCGCAACCGAGUCAAGCAAGUGAACAACGGCUUCGCGACGCUGAGGCAGCACAUCCCGGCGUCGGUGGCGGCGGCGCUGUCUUCUCCCGGCGUGGGCGGCGGCGGCGGCGGCGGCGGCGGCGGUGGCAGCGGACGCCAGGCGAGUAAGAAGCUGAGCAAGGUGGAGACCCUGCGGAUGGCCGUCGAGUACAUCCGCAGCCUGCAGCAGCUGCUGGCGGAGCACGACGGAGUCCAGACCGGGGGCCCUGUGGCGGCUCCCGACACGCCCGCCUCCGCGAGUUCCUACUACGCCUCCGACGACGCCGCGUCCGCAGUCGGCCACUUCACGCCGUCGCAGAUGCUGGGCUCGUCGCUGUCGCCGCCUUGCUCCGAGGCGGCCAGCUCGUCGGGGUCGCCGACGCCGUCCUUCGCGUCGGAGGGCUCGUCGUCGUACGCGGCGUCCUCGACGGUGUACGCGGCCAACGGCACCGCAGACGCCUACGACGGCUACGAGCCGAUGAGCCCCGAAGACGAGGAGCUGCUGGACGCCAUCUCGUGGUGGCAGCAGAGCCAGUGAUGCGGAAAGGUGUUCCCUGGCUGUGAUCAGUCAGCCGCAUGUACAAUUCAGUCAUCGGAGCAGACGUUUCGACCUCAACAUGGUGCCAUUUAUUCGGCCGCCGAACUUCUUGUAGUCUUUCCUGACGAGUGCCUUCUUGUGAGCAUCCCAAGUUGCAAAAUCGGUGCUGUGAAUGCAACAAAAAGGGUUGCUUGUACUCAGACUGUAUCUGUUUUGAUAUGCCAUUUUAUAUAAAUUAUAUAAAAUAUAAAAUAUUUUUAUCUAGUCAGUAUCUUUUUGUACGAAGUUUUACGUUGUACGUUUUGUAUAUAUAUAUAUACACAGGUAUAUAUUUUGAUAUUAUUAUAUAUAAACAACUUUCAUACAUUCCUAAAAAGAAGCAGUGCACGUUCCAAGGGAUAUGUGUGUAUUGGACUGUGGAAUGAAGCGUGCAACGUUCACUGUACGUUAGUCGCUUUUGCUGAGCGGUGAACCUCCUCAAGGGGACUGUGCCACAAUAUCGACAUCAUUGUAAAAGAAGACUGAAAAGAAAAUCUUAUGCUUGUAUCAGAUAUUUUCCCAGCAAGGUGCCUUAUGUUUGUUAGGUAUCUAAUUGUUUCUGUAGAUAACCUAUUACUGCACGCGUUAAUGGAUGACAUUAAAUUUUAUUGAAAAGUUGUAAAGAAUGCACCAGGUGUGCGUUACAAAACCGAGGUAUUUCAAAUUCACAACUGCUGUGAAUGUACAAAACGAACUGUAAAAAUUUCUGGCGUGUUAAUUUGUUAUGUAAAUUAGUAAGAUAUACAUAAGCACAAAUUCGGAUGCCAUUAUCAGUGUAUCUCAGUGUUUGUGUUUGCUAAGGAACAUCACAUGGCAACUCGUAAGCGCAUCCAGCUGUUAACAUUUAUAAAGGACUGCUGUAAAACUGCAAUUCUGUUGUAGUGGUCAAUCUUACAAUACAAUAUCGCAAACCUUUAAUGGAUGCAAACGUUUAAUGAUUUGACGAGUUAUGAAAAUUCGAAUUUUUCCAGUGUGCCAACGUAAGACAGAUAAUAAUAUAGUAUUACACACAAAGUGUACUAUAUAUUUUAUGAUUUGGACUGAUUACAUCAGCGUUUCGUCAUUUGCUGGUUCCGUGAGCACGAAGUACACAUAUAACAUCUUUGUAGCACUUUGCAGCGCAGUUUAAUUUCACAUAUCUUAUACACCGAUAUUCCCAAUAUUGUCAGUAUAGUAUAUUUUGAGAAAUUUUAGAUGUUUUUAAUGAGCUGUUUGCAUUAAUAAUGUUGAGAUAUUUUACACAUGUAUUUUGUUAGUGACAGAUCACCAUUUUACGAAGAAGAAUGACAAAGGAAAAAUCUAUAGUUCAUUGCUACUAAAGAAGCAUACUUUACAUUAUCUUGUUCAUCAUUGAUUUUAAAUUAUUUGACAACAUUGUAUAUUAUCAUUCGUUGACAAAAUUAAGGAGUUUGAAUUUUCAUUGUUUGGCUGAAAUAUUUCAGCAUCGUUAGUAGUAAUGUGGACGCUUAUGACCUCAUCAGAAUUCAUGUAUGGGCCGUGGCCGGUUACGAGAGAAUGUUACAUUUUUGUAUAUAGAUAUAUAUAAAAUAAUAUUUUGUACAUUUUUAUAUCCUCUGGUUUUUGAUACAUUCCUACAUAAAAACAUUUGAAAUAAA